UACUACACUACACUACUACACUUUACAUUAUACACUACUACACUACACUAUACACUACUCACGGCUCCCUCUGCAGCUCCGCCCCCCAGUAUGGCUGCCCGCCUGCUGCCGUUGCCGCGUCGACCCCGGGGCCUGCUGACGCUGCCGACGCUCAGCCUGGGCUCGCCUGGGGCUACGCACUGCCGCCACCACCACCUCCACCACCACCACGCCUCCUGCUCAUCCCUCACCUCCUCCACCUCCUCGUCCCUCACCUCCUCCAUCUUCACCUCCUCCUCCUCCUCCUCCACCUCCUUCUCCACCUCCUCAUCCUCGGCUUCUCGUUCCUCCGUGGGGCCGACGGAGCAAGCGGCGAUGGAGAGGAGGAGGGAGGUGAGGAGGAGCUCCUUCCUGGGCGACGUCACGGCGCUGUGUACAAGCGGUCGUGCUCCCCCGGCCGCCCUCUGGCUGGGCUUUGGGGGCCUCCUGCCGCUCGGCCUGGCCCCGGCCGCCCUAGGCCUGGGCCUAGAGGCCUGGGGGCCUGGCCUGGCCUGGGCCCAGCUGACGUACGGAGCCUGCCUCCUCGCCUUCCUGGGGGGCUCACGCUGGGGGGCCGCCGUGGUUCACGAUCACGGGAGGUGGCCGAGAGAGGGGGAGGUCAGAGUCCUGGUGACCCCUGCCGUGACCCCUGUGACCCCGACCGUGACCCCCGUGACCUCUACCGUGACCCCUUCGACCGUGACCCCCACCGUGACCCCCGCCCUGACCUCCUUGACCCCCGCCGUGGCCUCCGUGACCCCCUCCGUGACCUCCGGUGACCCCUACCGUGACCUCGGGGACUUUGACCACCCGGUGGACCCGGUCAGCCCCGUGUCGAGGAUUCGUCUGCGUGCUGAUUGGCUGAACCUGGGCCACGGGGCGGUGCCUCCACUGCUGGGGUGGGCGUCGCUCAUCGUGGCUGAGCAGCACUCCCUCACCUCAGCCCUACUGCUGCAGGCGAUGUCACAACUCGUCUGUCUUCACUACGACUCUCUCCUGUUGCUGAGUUACCUGUCUGUGUGUGUGUCUAUCUGUGUGUCUAUCUGUGUGUCUAUCUGUGUGUCUAUCUGUGUGUCUAUCUGUGUGUCUAUCUCCCCCACAGAGCAGCACUCCCUCACCUCAGCCCUACUGCUGCAGGCGAUGUCCCAACUCGUCUGUCUUCACUACGACACCCUCCUGUUGCCGGGUUACCCGGAUUGGUACCGGGGUCUCCGCUUGGUCCUCUCGGCCGCAGCGAUCCUCCUCCUCUCGUCCACGGCCGUGAUGAUCACCGCCGGCAACUCCUCGGCCUCGACCGCCGGCGCCGCCAUCGCCCCCGGGAACUCGGCAGCCCCGUCCGCCGGCGACACUCCACGGCUCUCUGGCCGGGUCGAGUAGAGCCGGCGUCUUUUGCCGACGUACGGUAGCGUACAGUGGCGUACAGUAGCGUACAGUGGUGUACAGUGGUGUACAGUGGUAUACAGUAGCGUACGGUGGUGUACAGUAGCGUACGGUGGCGUACAGUAGCGUACGGUGGUGUACAGUAGCGUACAGUGCCGUACAGUUGCGUACAGUAGGGUACGGUAGCGUACGUGCCGUACAGUAGCGUACGGUGGCGUACAGUGGCGUACAGUAGCGUACAGUGGCGUACGGUGGCGUACAGUGGCGUACAGUAGCGUGCAGUGGUAUACAGUAGCGUACGGUGGUGUACGGUAGCGUACGGUAGUGUACGUUAGCGUUGUGUUGGUGUUUUUGGAAUCUGAUUGAUUUGAUUGCUUCUGGCCGACUGGCUGAGGUUAGUCUUGGUGACUGUGGUCCCAGCUGCCUUGAGAUCGUUGACAAGAUCCUCCCGUGUAGUUCUGGGCUGAUCCCUCACCGUUCUCAUGAUCAUUGCAACUCCACGGGGUGAGAUCUUGCAUGUAGCCC